GUGGAAGAGGAGGCUGUGGAUAAGUACAAUAAGAACUGCAGUAAAGAUGGUAUGUGUAGCAAGAAUAUCUUCCAGCUGUUGAGACACAGAAGGGAUGGAGGCACCUAGGAGGAGAGAUCAUCACCUCCUAAACAUGCUCUCCUCCAUCCAUCCCUCUGGUCUGGCUCGGCCCGGAACUYCCACCACUACCUGUCCUCACACAACCACUACUACACCAACUACAAACCAACAAACUACAACUUCUACAUAACAAUAACAGCAACUACAGAUCAACAAKCACUACACACCAUCAAACUACAAAUGAACAACUUCUGGACUGACUGAAGGAGAAACAACGACACACACUACAACUUAAGCUGUUAUUCACCAUGAACCCUUGAAUACAACCCAACCACACGAUAUAAACACACUCGACAAGCCAAUAGGAAGCUACAGUAGAAACAUAUAGCAGGUUUGUACAGGUGAAUAAGUAACUCUAAAGACUUAGAUACAUGCCUUCAUACAUCGCAUCACCUCUUUGGUCAAAACUCCAUGGAGACCUGUGACUAUUGGCUAAGGAGGCUGACGUCUUGUGGGGGAUUGGAUGAAGGAGAUGGUUC